AUGAAGGUAGAAAUAGGUGCGCUGAUUAACUCCGUGAUAGAACUCAGCGUUAAUCGGUGGACCACAGCUUUUUCAGUGAAGAAGCUGAUUUCGGAUUCCUAUCAUUUGCCGUUCUUAAGUCUACAAUUAUUUAGUUUUGAAAACGAAGUUAGUGAUAACGAAAUCAUUAGGCCAAGCAAAAUUACAGCACAAAAUCAAUUUACUUGUAAGAUUAAUACCACUGUAUACGAAGAUAGCGACGAAAUCGACUGCGGAAAAGAAACACUCGAGUUCAAAGAAAAAGUAGAAAAACUUAUUGGACUUGGAUUCACAUCAUUUAUUGCAAAAAAAGCAUUAAAUGCAGCAAAUGGUGAUUAUGAAAAUGCAAUCACUCUACUUGACGUUAAACUCUUAAAACCAAAAUUUCAACAAGUAAUUCUCAGAGAUGAUUUCAAUAAUAACUGUGAAAAUACACAAAAUAUCGCAUCAACUGGCUCCAGUUACCAUACAACAGAAAAUUCUAUGUCUCAGAAUUCAGAAUCAGAAAAAAGUAAAAUAAUUUACGUUGCUGGUCAACAAGUUGAUACAGGCAUCUCAAAGAUCGUUUACAUUGAUGUUACAAAGCACCCUAAACCAACCAUUCCCAAAGUCACAGACACAACACCAUGGACAGAGGAAGAAGACCAGAAAUUGAUAGAUUUAUAUUCAAACCUGAUACAAAAUAAAGAUAAAUUCGUAUUCAUUUGCAAACACCUUGAACCUCAUUCCAAAGAAGGUUGCAUUUCAAGAUACGAGGAACUGAAGAAACAGUACAAAAAUAAAGAAAUUAAUUACUUGAAUGUUCCUACCAGAAUGAUCCAGCUGUGGAAUCACGAUCCUCCAGGUUCUAAGAAGAAAAAGAAGACUCAAAAAAAGCAAACUACAAUUGCAGAAAUAAAUAAAAAAGAAAAUAUAAAAGAAUCAGAUCAACAAGAAACAAAAACAGAAGAAACUGUUGUUAUUAAUGGAGAAGAACAAAUAUUAAAUCAGCAAAAGGAACAAUCAAAAGAAGUUCAUGAACCAGAAAAUUUACAAAUUCAGCUAAAUAAUGAUGAACAAACAGAUAAAGAUAAUCUUAAACCAAAUGAAGAAGAAAAUCUUAAUAAUGAGCAAAAUCAAAAAGAAACAGAAAUUGCAAAGAAAAUGGAAAAUACAUCAAUAAAAGUGAUCGAAAAUUUGAAAACAGAAACUCCAAUUGAAACAAAGCCAAAACCAACAGGAGUAAGACCACUACCUGACUACGUAAUUGAUAUUUUCCCUGUAAUACGAAAGUUUUACGAACUUAACUACGAUUGCCAGUUUUUGGAGCAUUUUUUCCCAGAUUUCGCUGCCGGUUACUUAGUUUUUUUAAUGUCACAUAUCAAGAUGAACAUCAACAUCAACAGGGGAACAAACACAUGGUCACUCAGAGACAUGAGAAAACUGCUUGAGCUUUCUUUUGGAGGUUUAACAGAUCCAGAAGUUCAGAAACUGAUGCUAAAUCACACAACAAGGCAGAUACAUGACAAAAAAAUGCGUUUGUUAAAAGACAUCAAAGGAACACGUCAUUUGAUGGUAUUCGCACAAGUUCACGAAGGAUUCAAAGUACCAGAAGAUGCCACAUACGAUCAAAACGGAAUUCCAAGCUACCUUGAUGGAUUGAUCACUUCCUUUAAUUCGAACAAGAAGAACAGAGAUCUCCUCCAAUCAUCCAUUUCUCUUCCCGACUUAGAUAUACUGAAAACAACAGAAAUGGUUCUGAGAGAAAGAAAGCCACCAAAACAGGCAAAAGAUGAUGAAAGCGAUAGUUCGAAAUCGAAAACUCCUGUUCCUUGGACGGAGAAAGAAGACCAAGCAAUAAUUGAUGGAUAUGCUGAGUUCAAAGACUACAGAGAUAAAUGGGUCAGAAUGGUCAACAAACUUCCUGGUCGUACUACAAACCAAAUAUCAUCACGAUUCAGAACUAUCAGUGACGAAAUAAAGAAAGGCCUUAAAACAAACAUCAACAUCCCUAAAGAGAUUGAGGAAAUCUUCAUUCGCUCUUCUUUUAAUUCCCUCCCACUUCCAUCAAUCUCAGUCAAUUUCCCUCAACUCGUCUACUGCUAUUUCGGCAACAACUGUGACAUCAACAAGACGUGGAAAGACUUCAGUCAGUUUAUGAAGGGAUACCUCUUCUUCGUCCUCCUCACUGCGAGUCAAUCAAUAAGAAGAAUCAACAACAACUGGGAGAAAAAGGAAGAAAGAGUUCUAUUCGAAAUGUAUUACGAUGGAUUUAGUAUAUUAGAAAUAUCAAAGCAGCUGAACAAAUCAAUCGAACAAAUACAAGAAAAGAUUGCUCAAUCAGAAGAAAGAGUAAAAAUGUCACAGGAAUUACUAAAAAAGGUAUCAGACGACCUUGUAAAGAGUGGCAUAAACAUUGCUACAGCUGUUGAUGCUGAUGGUCUUCCUGUUUAUUUCAAAGAGACAUUUAGGUAUUACAUUGCUCCAAUUUAUGGUCACACAGACACUACAAAUGAAACAGAUCCAGAAUGGACAAAAGAAGAAGAGCAAAUCUUGAUUAACAAGUACUCUGAGUUCUUGGGAAACAAAAAUGUUUGGAAAUUGAUUGCCGAAGUAAUCCCAAGGCAUCAGCCUAACCAAAUAAUGAGGUACUUUAAAUCUCUUUUAGACAGGAUCAAGCAAGAUAAAUGCCCAGAUUUGACAGUUACACAGCAGGUAAGAGAUUUAGUUGAAGCUGAAAAGAAGUUACAAAAGAAUAUUUCUGAAGAGGACAAGAAGAAAAAGAUUGUUGUUGCUGUAAAAAGUUCUCAACCAACACAGAAAAUUCCAAUAUGGAAACGAAAAAGAGAUGAAGAAGGUUUCAACCAAGAAAUGAUUGACAACAAAGAAUUGCAAAAACUGAAACCUCUACCAGAUAAACAAGUCGAUAUUUUGCAUCUGAUUAAAGAUUUUUACGAGAAAGAAGGCGACGAUAUUGAACUUCAGAAACUGUAUCCGGAUUUUUCUGUUGGCUAUUUAGUCUAUUUGCUUGAUUGGACACUCAGGCAAUUGUCGAAACGCUUCAAGAGCCAGAGCUGGAAUGAUAAAGAAACGAGGUUUGUACUGGAGAAACACUUCGACGGAAUAACUCGAUCUCGAAUUGGGGAAGUAAUGACAUCAAAAAACAAAUUCCAAAUUGGUUCUAAAAGUUACAAUGUAAUGGAAAAUUUAAACAAUACAAACUUCCUCAAAGAGUUUGCAGCGGAAUUCCAGAAAUGUCCGGGGAUAGAGUCAUCAAAAUACAAUGAUGAUGGCAUUCCUUCCUAUCUUCCACCAAUGAUACAAAACUACUUAAACAAAACAGUGCAAAAACCCAAAUUAUCUCUUCAGAUGGAAAAACCAAUAGUACUUCCUCCAGUCGCUUUGCCGCCUCCUAUUCUUGAUAGGCAACAGUUUAUUCUGCCAAACAUAGAUGCUAUUCGACCAAGUAGAUCCGCAUCAUUCCCUAGUAUUAAUGAAGAUGACCCAUCUCUGCCAAUUGACUUCUCUUCUCGAGUCUCUUUCAUCAUGAACAUGGGAUAUCCAGAGAAAAUGACAACAUCAGCUCUGAAACUAAAUGACUGCGACAUAGAGAAGACACUGCAGAAUCUCAACCAAAUCGUCAAAGUGGAAGACUUGGUUAUUGACCAAUGCCAUCCAAAAGUUGACGAACCAAAGAUUUUAGGUGUAAUUGACUCAGAUGGAGAAUUGAGAGAUUUAAAAGAUGUCAAGCCUCCACCUGUUGUAUACAAAAUCAGAGAAAUCAUAAAUCCACCUCCUUCAAAGCCAAAGCCAUUGUUUGUGUUAAAGAAUACCAACAUUGCCAGCUUAUUACCACUACUUACUAAGCAAAGACAGGAACAACUCAGGUUACAGAGAAUUCGACAGAUGGAGAAACCUAAUGAAGAAGUUGAAGAGAAUUUAGUUGAAAAAGCGAGGAAAAAAGAAGAAGAAUUACAAAAACAGAAAAAAGAUAUUGUCGAAUCAAAUUUAAGAUGA